GCUUGGCCAUGCCACUUGCAAACGGAAUACCGCCCCCUUAACACACAAAAUGACUUCUGCUAGGAUCACGCGCGACUUGACCACAGAAUCAGUGAUGUUUGGGGAAAUUUUCUGUUUGAAAUUCCUGCCAUUGGAGUGCAAAUGCUGAUUUUCAUUGCGGCUGUUCUCCUUUUAGGCUUAUAUCAACAGAUAAUUGGACUGUGUCGAGGUCACUAUUCUGAAGUGACGUUUACGUCGAUUCAUUCAUUCAUCACAACAAUGGCAGCUCACGACUUUAAUUUCUUACUUGCGACGGAUUCGUAUAAGAUAACACACUACAAACAGUAUCCUCCCAACGUUAGCAAAAUCUACUCCUACUUUGAAUGUCGUCGCAAGAAAGGCUCCCAGUUCAACGAAGUGGUGUUUUUUGGUCUCCAGUAUUUAUUGAAGAAAUAUCUCACAGGGCAAGUGAUUACAGAAGAGAAGAUUCAAGAAGCAAAGGUCUUCUACCAAUUGCACUUCAAACAGGCUGUAUUUGAUGAAGAAGGCUGGAGAAAGGUUCUUGAGAAACACGAUGGCCGUCUUCCUAUCCGGAUAAAAGCGGUGCCUGAGGGCAAGAUCAUACCCAGAGGCAAUGUGCUCUUCACUGUGGAAAAUACAGACCCAAGCUUCUACUGGCUCACCAACUAUGUUGAGACAAUGUUGGUCCAGAUGUGGUAUCCCAUCACGGUGGCUACCAUAUCCAGAGAGUUUAAGAAGAUCCUAGCCAAACAUCUGAAGGCCACCUCAGGAAGCCUUCAGGGUCUUCACCUGAAAUUGCAUGACUUUGGCUACAGAGGAGUCUCCUCACAGGAGUCUGCAGCUUUAGGUGGAGCUGCUCAUCUGGUGAAUUUCUGCAGUACUGACACAGUAGCAGGACUACUAAUGGCUCAGCGAUACUACGGAUGUCCAAUGGCUGGUUUCUCCAUUCCGGCAGCUGAGCAUAGUACGAUCAUCUCCUGGGGGAAAAGUAGAGAGAAGGAUGCAUUUGAGCGAGUGUUGGAUGAGUUCUCUUCCGGGCCCGUCUCUGUGGUCAGUGACAGCUAUGACAUCUUCAAUGCCUGCAAACAUAUCUGGGGAGACAAGCUGAAGGAACGAGUCAUGGAACGUGGCCAGGACUCGUGUCUCGUGAUCCGGCCUGACUCUGGAGACCCCGCAGAAACUCUUAUUGAGGUCAUCAAGAUUUUGGAGGAGUGUUUUGGAUGUUUGCUGAACUCUGUAGGAUACAAGGUGCUGCCUUCAUACCUGAGAAUAAUUCAAGGGGAUGGCAUUGACCUCAGUUCAGUGGAUGAGAUUCUUCACAAGCUGACUGAUGAAGGCUGGAGUGCAGAGAAUGUUUUCUUUGGUUGCGGCAGUUCUUUGCUCCAGAAGCUCAACCGAGACACACUCAGUUGUGCCUUCAAGUGCAGCUAUGUGGAGACCAACGGCAAAGGGAUGGACGUAUACAAGCAGCCAGUGACGGAUCCAUCUAAGGUGUCAAAGAGGGGUCGUCUAUCACUGAGAAGGAACUCUGAUGGGCUCUUCGAGACUGUAGAAAGGGGAGCCGGCAAACCUGAGGAGGAUCUACUGGUGACUGUGUUUGAGAAUGGAUGCCUUCUGCAGAAUUACUCCCUGGAAGAAAUCCGUAAGAAUGCCAGACUGCGGGAAGAAGAGAUGACGCCGACCACGCAUAACCACAAAGAGGAGCUGCUGCACAAGCACAUCAUCAAUGGGACUCAUUAGACCAGAUUCUAAACCUGCUGAUGUAUGUACAGGUGUGUAGCUUGGGUUGCCUCGUUUUCUUGAAUCUACCGAAAGGAGGAAUAUGCAAGGCUUUACUUUUUUUGUAUGUUUUUUUUUUUUUUUUUUUUUAACCAAUACACAAAAAGCUGCAUAUGGCAAACGAUACACACAGAGUAUAAUCUCAAGCAGGCCACCAAGGACAUGUUUUGCUUUGGUUGAUUAACUCUAAACACGUUCAUUCUGAGCCAGCAACAUCUUGGUCUCGAUGACAACCGAAACUCAGGGUCAGCAAUGUUUGCAAGGUUGUUGUCCCCCGACCUUGAAGUAUACAUUUUAAGAUUUGUUCCGUUUUUUACAGUGCAUGAAGUACAUCUACAUCAAUACACUUCCUAUUGUUUUUGAGCUUGUCUUUGUUCUCUUGCUAUUCUGUAAUCGAGUUUGAAGCGAACACUCAAAUAUUUUUAUGUCAAACUAUAAAUUGUUAGUGAGAAUAAUAGUGCUACUUGGAAUGAGUGUCACAGUGUAGUACCGUAUUUUUCGGACUCGAAUUAACACCCAAACCGAUAGAUAGUUUGGCUGGUCGGGCGACUUAUACUCAGUUUUGAUUUGCACAUAUAUUUACAAAUGACAGCUCGGACUGGCACCCACAAUCCCCCGUUCCCUUAUUGUGUUGACUUUGGUGCAAUACCACAGCCUUGUUUACACCAGCCGUAAUGCACCAAAAAUAUUUGCCAACUGCCAAAAGAAAGUAGAAGAAGAAAUGACUGAAUAAUCAGAAAAACAGUAGUCAUGCCAAUAAAUGUGGGGACGUAUCGCUAGUUUAGCAUGCGGCUUCCGUGCGCCACUAGGAUUUACAACAUCUUAAGGUGCAAUGAUCAACCACAAUGUGAUUAUUUUAUUUGAAAGAGGACAGUGCAAUUUCACAAAAUACAUGAUGAAAAAUGGUUGGGGGAAAAACAAGCCAGAAGUAACUAAAAGGUAAUUCACAUAGAUCUGGACAUGUAGCAUUUCUCCUCUGUUAAAAAAUAUGCAGUUCAACUGCAGCCUGUUUAUCAUGGCACAUUAACCUCAUCAUUUCAGAUCGAGUAUUCACUGAGCACAAAUGAAAAUACCUUGUUUGGUGUCAUUUUAUUUCAUCCAUCGGUGCUGUUAAUAUGAACUAUAAUUCUGCUGUUUUGGCAAAACAUUUGUUUGAUCAACAUUUUGUCAUGCUGUUCUCCACAGACUAGAUUUUAAAUUGUUCUUUGAGAAUUCUCUUAACUCGUUCGUGGUUGGACCGUGUCUUGUCUAUUGAUGUUAAUAAUUUAUGUCCAGAGUAAGUUUGGUCUCCAGCUGUUUCUUUUACGCUGUGUUUCCUCCAAGAGUUGAGGCUAUCAUGGCUGACCUGCCUUUGCAUCAUCGGUGCCAGAAAAAAAGGGUAAUGUAGGCAUCCAUUUUUGGUCUUCAUAGUACAACUUUUUGUAAUCUAACUUGUACAAUUGAACCCAGAGGUACAAACAUCGCCUUUUUAUGAUUACAAAAGGUACAGAAGUCACCCAAACUGCUAAAGAAGCCAUGUCUGUACUUUUUUUGCUUACAUGUAAGGAUAUAAACACUUGCUCGGCCGAUGUGAACGCCUUUUGAAGGAGCCCACUCUUGUACGCAGUUGAAUGAAGUAAACAGUAGUAGUCAUCUAGAGUAGAGAUGAGCCAAUUUAAAAGAUGGUACGGCGUACGUCCUAACUAACCAGUUAUGACAAAUAUGCAAUAUAAAUAUGGACAAACUGUCCUUUUUUUAUGUUUUUUUUAAUUGAACCAGAGCAGUUCACUCUGCUUUGUUGAAGGAGCCAAACAAACCCAGUGCGUCUCCUCUGCAUGACGAGUCCACCAUCCAUCACAACAGCCGCUUGUCCAACUCACCAGACGCAUUUGUAAGCACUGACGGACGCCCGUUUUGCUGACCACUGACAGAAAUAUGCGCCGUCUGCACAGUAAGUGGCGGUAUGCACCAAAAAGCUGUAAUCCGACAAUAAACUAAGAGAACGAGGAGAGGAGAAGAAGAACGACAACGAGAUUGCGUUCGUCCUGACUGAUCAUGGAUCCAUUUAUAGCAGGAAUGCGACCGAUUUAGAUUGGAUUAAAACCUUGGCCAAAAUGUCAAGUCGGAUACUGGUUACAUUAAGCCAUUUUAAACUUUGAAGUUUUUGGCAUUUUAAGAGUGAUAACAGAGGUAGGCAGCCAACAGUCUACUCACGCUGCACUGAACAGUUGAAUAGAUUAAGUUGGAAAAUACAUAACGUGUGUAGGGGUUUGGAAUGUUACUUGAGUAGACACUGUAUGAUGUAGAUAUGCUGAUUUGUAGUGCACUCCAUUUACCAUUUUAACUCAUUCAAGGACGUUUUUUUUCCCAUUUUUUUAAAGAAUUGAGGCAUUUAAUCCCAGGUACGUCUUGCACGUGGAUUUUUUUUCAUAUGGUAUGGUAAAGAAAAGUCUAAAAAUGGCUGGCACAAAAUUUAAUCACAAUGGAUUUUUCAUCUGUUGGACUGUGACAUGUUUUUCUUUUGUUUUGUUUUGCAUGUGAGUGUGCCCGUUCAUGGUAAUUAUGUAAUAAACCCUGCCUCUUUUCUGUGUUCGAAGAGUUUCCAUUAACUUGAGUGACUGUAAAAUGCCCGAAAAAGAAAUAAAGGCUGGCAUUAUUUC